GUGAAGGAGACACAGCUCGUACGUGCAUGGACGUGAUGUUGCUCCGUGGAGGCUGGUGCAGAAAAGUGAGCUUGUGCCUUUAAGGCGCCCGACUGCUUGCCGCUUUGUGCUGCGCGCACAGACUUUACGCCCCACGGUGGACACCGGAGCGGCGCUGCGAUACCAUCCUGGAGAAGUUCAAAGAGGAUUUCGCUCGCAGGAACCGUGCUGAAGUUCUUCACGGCGUGUGGUCCCUGAGGUUGUGUUUGGCGUUGUGCUGGUGAGCCAUCAGGAUGAGGCCCGGUCAGCCCAUUCUUCCCGCCGCCGUUGCCGCCAUCCUGUUUCUGCUGUCAGGACUGUCGCUGAUCUCUGGCUGUAAUAAAGCCCUCUGCGCCAGCGACGUCAGCAAGUGCCUCAUACAGGAACUGUGCCAGUGCCGCCCUUCUGAUGGGAACUGUUCCUGCUGUAAAGAGUGCAUGCUGUGUCUGGGCAAUCUUUGGGAAGAGUGCUGCGACUGUGUGGGGAUGUGUAAUCCCCGGAACUACAGUGACUCUCCCGCCACGUCCAAGAGCACAGUGGAGGAGCUGCACCGCCCGAUCCCAUCGCUGUUUCGCGCCCUGACAGAAGGCGACGCGCCCAUCAACAUGAUGGUGGUGUCCUUCCCUGUCGCUGAGGAGCUCUCCCAUCACGAGAACCUGGUGUCCUUCCUGGAGUCGCUCGACAACCAACACCAGAAUGUGUCGGUGCCCGGCAACAGCAUCCACACCAGCUACGACUCACAAGAAAACAUGUGCACGGUGGUCUACUUUGAUGACUGCGUGUCUAUCCGUCAGUGCAAACUAUACUGCGAGUCAAUGGGAGGGUCCAAGUACCGCUGGUUCCACAACGCUUGCUGCCAGUGCAUCGGACCCGAGUGCCUGGACUACGGCAGCAAGGCUGUGAAGUGCAUGAAUUGCCUUUUCUGAAAUGCAGGAGCAUGUUGGUACCAAAUGUUUGGACCUUAGCAGAGGACUGCGAGCGGAUGAACCAGUUACGUGUCUGCAUUCCUCAGUUACCUUGUAAAAUAAAACCUCCACCCCUCUGUUCCCUGCCAGUUCUGUUACUCUGCAGCCCCCCCCCCCCCCCCGCUGUAUAUUUAGAUAUGUUUUUAAUAGUGGUUUUUUUUUUACUAGGGGUGUAUGUAAAUAAUGUACUUUUUUACAAAUAUAAAUCCUAAUCUUGUGCCAAAUAAAGAAAUAUUUGAUGA